AUGGGCAUACUAAACGGCGUUACAAAGACUAUCCUGCGGCCAGGAAACGGCCGCGACAGCGCUAAGAAGGGCGACACGGUGAUCAUCGAGUACAGAGGCUGUUUAUAUGAUGAGUCAAGUGGUGCCGACAACUACUUCAUGGGCACCCAGUUCGAUACGUCGAAGGGCCGGGGACCGCUGAAGACGGAGAUUGGAGUUGGAAAAGUUAUCAUUGGCUGGGAUGAGGGCGUGCAGCAGAUGACGCUCGGCGAGAAGGCCAUUUUGACAAUUUCGAGCGAUUAUGGCUAUGGCAAGAACGGAUUCCCAGGGUUGAUCCCGCCUAAUUCGGGGCUGGUGUUCGAGGUUGAAUUGAAGAAUAUUCUUGGGAAACCUGUUUAG